AUGUCGCCAAAAACUCGUCUCGCCGAGAAGAAAGAAAAAGCGGGAGCGUCGGAGAAGAAGAAGAACGCCGCCGUGAAAAGAAAGGAAGCGGCAGCGAAAAGGAGAGCCGCCGUUAAGAAAAAGAGAGAAGCGUCGAAGAGGAGUGAAACCACAAAGAAGAAGAGGAAGCGAGAUAGUGGUCUGGACGGUGGGUCCUCGUCGAAUCCAACCAAGAGGACUCGGAAUCGUGUGAGAGAAACCGCAGGAUCUCCACCGGAAAAUGAAGGCGUUCAUUCCCCCACACCGAACCCCACCACACCACGCCCAGUGUCUCCGAGUCAGCCAGAAAAAUCGCCAACACCAACUCAUGCAGCGAAUGAGGCCGAGAAUCCACAACAACCUCGAGUAACCUCAGGCUCUUCCACAAAGAGUCCUUCACAUCGUGUAGACGAGCAGAACGAUGAGGAGAUUGGAUCUAACAACAGAGAUCCAAACACACCCGAGGUUGCCGUUGAUAAUGAGGCGCCAAGAACGGUUGAGAGGGAUAUGACCGUAGAAGCUGACAGACCUGCUGGUUUUUUCUUCAACCCGAGCGACUAUCAAAAGGGUUGCAAGCUCUCCUCAAGGUGCCGGCAACACGAUUUCCUGACCAUGCUGAACGCGGUUGAUAAGUUUGAUGCCUCAGAGAAGAGUUGGUUUCAGGAUCAUCCUCAGUUCAAGCAUAUAUUCCACAUGGAUUGUACCUCAACAAGAAAAAUGAUGGGAUUGUGGAUGUUGCUACUUCGUACUAUGCAUACAGGAAAGGGUAGACAAGCUUGGUUUGGAGUAAACGGUGUUCCAGUUAGAUACUCCAUCAGGGAGCAUAGCCUUAUCUCUGGUUUAUACUGCCACUCAUAUCCAGAAAACUAUCAGAAGAUAGGGAACAUGAAGUUUGCGAGAAAGUAUUUUAAAGUGAAGAAGACAAAGGAUGGGAAGGAAAAGGGUCUGCAAGUGACAGAAGAAGAUGUCAAAGAGAAACUUCAGAAGAUGAAGUUUGAUGGUAGUGGCGAUCGUCUGAGGAUGUUGGUUCUUUACUUUCUGGCUAGAGUUUUAAGAGGAAGGUCAAAAGCAAAUUACUUCAUUGAGUAUUUCCUUCUUCAAGCAGUAGAAGAUCUAGAGUUUUGCACCAAAUUUCCAUGGGGCCGUUACACAUUUGAAGAUUGCAUGAAAGAGAUUUUUCAUGUGAGGGAUCAUUUUCGUGAUGGGAUCCCAGAGGAGGCACAAUGGCCAUUUCCUGGGUUUAUCAACCCUUUGGAGAUAUUAGCAUUUGAAUGUAUCCCUGUCCUUAGAGAAAAAUUCAGAGAGCCUGUUCCAAACUGUCUUGAUGGUUGUCCAAGAAUGUGCAAAUGGAGGUUCAAGAGGACCGGCACAACAGGAUUUCCACUUGACAUGAUUUAUCGGACGCUAGGAGAGACAAAGGAGAUUAUCAGUAUUUUGGAACCAGUAGGAUAUGAACUAGAGGACCCGAGAGCAACAAGAGGAAGCAGGAGGCGAGGCAGGAGGAGAGGUGUUGAGGCAGGGGGCGAGCCAGGAGGCGAGGCAGGGGGCGAGCCAGGAGGCGAGGCAGGUCGUGAGAGAUUAAGAGAAUUAGAGUUGAAGUUGAACAAAAGGAUGGAUGAUGGAUUUGCAUUGAGAGACGAAACAAUUCGUCUUCUGACAGCAAGAGUAAAGGAGUUGGAAGAAGACAAGAUUCAGAGAGAAAAUUGGUCAUUCCAAGUUGAAACUGAUUAUGUUUCAGGAGGCAGAAGAAGGGAGGGCGAGAUGCAUGGUGAUAAGGUGGGUGAUAAAGAAGCUGAUAAGGAGGAUGGUGAGGGUGAUAAGGAGGAGGGUGAUGAGGAGGAUGGUGAUGAUGAGGCUGAUAAGGAGGAGGGUGAUGAGGAGGAUGGUGAUCAAGGUUUCUCAUUUGUUGAGGUCUCCUUUUACGCCAAACUAAUUUGGUGA